UUGGGUAAUGACGUCAUAUGCAACUGUGCCCACCCCUUCACUGAGCAGUCGCAAAGCGGAAGAAGGAAGCCAUUUUGAUUCAAGGUUUACAAGUCAAACCUGUCACCGUGUGUUAAAUAACUUUAUUAUCAUUUAUUGACUGAAAAGAAAACAUCUAAAUAUAUUUAUCGUACCAUAUUAUGAGCACAAUGAACCCCGAAUAUGACUACCUGUUUAAACUGUUGUUGAUUGGUGACUCUGGUGUAGGAAAGUCUUGUUUAUUACUCAGAUUUGCAGAUGACACAUACACAGAAAGUUAUAUAAGUACUAUAGGAGUAGAUUUUAAAAUACGAACUAUAGAAUUAGAUGGGAAAACUAUAAAAUUACAAAUAUGGGACACAGCUGGUCAAGAAAGAUUUAGAACAAUAACAUCAAGUUAUUACAGAGGAGCACAUGGUAUUAUUGUUGUGUAUGAUGUCACAGAUCAAGAAUCAUUUAACAAUGUAAAACAGUGGUUACAAGAAAUUGACAGAUAUGCUAGUGAAAAUGUAAAUAAAUUACUAGUAGGAAAUAAAUCUGACCUGGAAACCAAGAAAGUAGUAGAUUAUACAACAGCUAAAGAAUAUGCAGAUUCUUUAGGAGUACCUUUCCUAGAAACAAGUGCAAAAAAUGCUACGAACGUUGAACAAGCAUUUAUGACGAUGGCGGCAGAAAUUAAAAAUAGAAUGGGUCCAGUUACAGCUGCAGCUGACAACAAAUCUAAUGUAAAAAUAAAUCCAAGUACUCCUGUGAAACAAGGAGGUGGAGGAUGCUGUUAAUAGACUAAAUGUACCGAACUUUUGAUUUGAGACCAAUUGGGAUAACAGAGUUAAGCCCUUGCUUUACUCAUAGUCAAGAUUUGACAAAAGACUCGUAUAUAUGUGAUUAAUGUGGUUCAAAUUUUGACUUGAGAAUUAAUUUAUAAGUAGGGGUAUACAUACAGUUACCUUUUGAGGGAUUUGUAUCUAGCAAGUGCUUUUACAAAGAAAAACUAAAUGUAACAAAGUUUUAUGGUUCAAAAAGAAAUAACUCUGUAUUAUUUUUCAGUUUUGUAAUUUUGAAGAGAGCUUUAAGCAGUUAUUUUACAUAUAUUUAGGAAAAAAUCCUCACUUUCAAUUAACACUAAUUUCUAAAAUUAUCAAUUUUCUUUGCCAAAUGUGAAAUGUAAAAUUAGAAUAAUUAAUUGUGAUCAAUGAACCUUGAUAUUAGCCUAUUAACGGCUGCUUAAGCUAAAGGGGAGAUUGAUAUUUAAGUUAUUUAAUUCAACAUUGAUUCUGGCUCCAUACUUGUCAUGAAGACACAGAAAACUAUCUGUGUUGGACAUUUGUUUAUACACAUCAUGAUUUUAUUCACUUAUAAAUUAUAAAAUUGUUAAAUAUUUAUGUUUUUUGCUUAUUAUUGUAUAAAUAUAUGUAAAUAAGUGAAUGAGAGAUUGGAUAUUUGUGUUAUUUGUUGCUUUUUACCUUUAUCUACAUCUUGUAGCAAUAUCUUAUUGAAGAGUCUAACUACAGAAGACUUAAUUUCAGUAAACCAUACAAAAGAAUGGUUAAUUAUUACUUUCUUUUAAUUUUAAAGUUUUCCUUUUGAUAACAUGAGCAAGUUAAUGCCCCAAACCAACAUUUUGUAAUCACCUAUAAUUGGUCAGCCAGUCGGGCUGUACACACUACUUGUUAAGAAAAAGGGGGAUAUGAUGAUUGAAUGAUGUGAAUUUAUUUUGGUAUGAUUGUAACAUUGUAAAACAUUAAGAAAUUGGGUCAAGAAGAAUGAAAAAAAAAAUCAUAAACAUGUAUUAUCACGCUGAUUUCAAAACCUAGAUAAUUUUAUUUGUUUAAAAUAAAUGCAACUCUGAAGAAAUUCUUAUUUUAUUUGCAUAAUUUUUUGUGUGUUUACUGUUGUUUAUUCUCAUAACUCAAUUAAAAUAAGAGAAAAAAAUUAUAGAUUUGUCUAUUAAUAUAUAAGUUAACUGUCUUAAUCUUUGUAAGUGUUUCAUGAAUGGCCAUACAAUACAAUGGAAGAUUUUGUUUGAAAAGAAAGUAUGAACUAUAUCAGAUUCAUAGUGUCUUGAAUAAAAUACAAAUAUGUAUUAAAAAUAUUAUUUUAAAUCAGAAUAAAGGAGAUGUACCAUGCAGUAGAAUAAGAAAUACUUAAGAGCUUAUAAAUCUUUUUAUGAUGUCAGACGGCUUGUAAAAUGUCAGUGAACUAAAUUAAUAUUGUAAAUAUAUGUUUAUCUAUUUAUCUAACAAUACUUUUUUCAUACUCGUACAGUCAUGUAUUUUUGACAAGUCAUUUAAUGUAUUGCCAGGUUGUUAGAUAUUGGAUUAUUAUUUUUAGUUGAAGAAAGUACUUGUAUACGAAAGAUGAGAAUAUUAUAUGACCAUUCAACAUGUUAAGCGCCAAAAUAUGUUUUUAGACUGUCAGCAUGCUUAUGAUUGUGUUUCUUAAUCUUAUUCCAAGCUUAACUGAUUCAUUGCUGGGAUUUACUUUCUAAGAUUGAGACAUUUAAUGUAUCAUGAUGUACAAUUGUAUAACUUGUGCAUAUCAACUAAGAACUAAACAUUGUUCAUGUCAAUUUAAAAAAAGGCACAUUUUGAUUCUUUAAUAUUUCAUUGCCUUAUUUAUUAUUUUCCUUUAUGAUAAAUUUCUUACCAUGGAUCACUUUCAAUUAAUAUUUUAGGUUAGGAAAUAAGGUCAGCUUAUGUCUUUCAUUACACACAAUACUUGUUUCCACAAGUAAAUAUUUUAGACUUACAUGUAACAUUAUAUUAUAUGUGAAUGUAGAUUUACUAGUUGCAUUGAAACUUACAUCUAUGUACGAUUGCACCAAUUUUCAUAUAGUCAGUUACUGUAUGUCAGACAAGCAGGCUUGUGUGUCAAUGAUAUGUAUAUAAGGACAUCUAUGGAAACAUACUUUUCAGUCAGACGAUUAAAUCUCUCAAAUUCA